AAGCCAUAUCAUAGCCUCCACAAGCCUCUAAUCUCAUCCCCAUUCUCGUGAAUUCUGAUUUGAUCCAGAUUUCAGACUCCAUUACAAUGUUUUCGAAACCCGUUUCAGCUUCUUCCUCUCUUGUAGCAAAGCAAGGGGAUACUCUCAUGUUGAGUUCUUCCUUUGUUGGUUCAUGCAACUUACCAUCAUCAUCUUCUUCUUCUAAUCUGAAUUUGAGGACCAGAAUGAAAAGUUUCAAAGUUUCUGCUUCUGUUGAAACCAACAAUAUGCCACUUACAGGCGUUGUGUUUCAGCCAUUUGAAGAGGUGAAGAAAGAGGUUCUUGAUAUUCCUGUUGCUCCUGAUGUUUCACUUGCCAGGCAGAAGUUUUCCAGGGAGUGUGAAGCCGCAAUAAAUGAGCAAAUCAAUGUUGAAUACAAUGUUUCUUAUGUGUACCACGCCCUGUUUGCAUAUUUCGACCGAGAUAAUAUUGCUCUCAGGGGCCUAGCUAAAUUUUUCAAGGAGUCGAGUGAAGAAGAAAGAGAACAUGCUGAAAAGCUGAUGGAAUAUCAGAACCUGCGUGGAGGGAGAGUAAAGCUACACUCUAUUCUGAUGCCCCCCUCGGAGUUUGAGCAUGCAGAGAAAGGAGAUGCAUUGUAUGCCAUGGAAUUAGCAUUGUCUCUGGAGAAGUUAACAAAUGAGAAGCUUCUGAGCCUGCACAAUGUGGCAGUCUGCAACAAUGAUCCCCAACUGGCAGAUUUUGUUGAGACUGAAUAUUUAGCCGAGCAGGUGGAAGCCAUUAAUAAGAUAGCGAAAUUCAUUGCCCAAUUGAGAAUGGUUGGAAAAGGCCACGGAGUGUGGCACUUUGAUCAAAUGCUCCUCCGAGAGGGUGAUGCUGCAUGAUGAAUAAACAGAAUGCUACAUUUUGUUGGUGCCAUCCUUUGCUGCAGAAAUUCUGGAAUGCUUCUACCUUAUAAUUUCAGUAUGUUGAGAAUAAUAAACUGAAAUAGUAGUAUGUCAAGUUAGUACUCAAUAGCCGCCUUCCUUUCUCAUAUUUCUAGUCAAAAUUUUGAGUAGUAAUGCUGAUGAGAGAUUGAGCUUAUCCGUUGAGAGUUGUUGUGUGAGUGAUGUAAUAGUGUUAGCUUAGAAUCAAUUCAUCUACUUAUUGUAUCAAUAGUUUAAGUUAAUAAAGUUUUAAGGAAGACCUUUUCAAAGA